AUGUCGUCAUAUGUCAUUACAGGUGUGUCGCGAGGUAUUGGAUUCGAGUUCCUCAAUCAAAUCUCUGCAGACUCGGCCAAUACUAUCAUCGGUCUUGUCCGUGACAAGGCCGCGACCGAAAAGAAGAUCAACGAGGAGUUAGGGAGUCGAUCCAAUGUUCAUAUCAUCCAGGCUGAUAUCACGGAUUACGAUGCGUUAAAGAAAUCUGUGGAUGAAGUCUCCGCGAUCGUCAACGGAUCGCUCGACUAUCUUAUUGCCAACGCAGGCUUUAUUUCUGGUUGGUCUGCUUAUCAUGGCCUGGGCAGCUUGGGCAAUGAUCAUCAGAGACUCGAGGAGGAUCUCUUGGAAUGCUUUCGCAUUAACGUCAUAGGAAAUAUCCAUCUGUUCAAUCUCUACACGCCGCUCAUCAUGAAGGGCCGCGUUAAGAAAGUAAUCAGCCUUACGUCGGGAUUCGCAGACAACGACCUUACGACAGGAUAUGGCAUUGAUGUUGCCGGCCCAUACACAAUCAGCAAGGCAGCCAUGAACACGGCCGUGGCAAAGUUCAGCGCUGAGUAUGCAGAAAAGGGUGUUUUGUUCCUAAGCAUUGCUCCAGGAGCUGUCGAAGUGGGACAGGACAAGAACUGUAAGAGCUAA